UUCUCUUUCUCUGCAAUCCAUGGAGGCUAUCGAUUCCAACCCUAACCCUACGCCUCCGCUUUCUUCAUCAGAGACCCUGAAUUCAUACGAUCCAUCAUUGCAUCUUCACAAUUCCGAACCUCACUAUUCAGAUGCUGCCAACACUACUGAUUCUGGCCACCCGAACACAUCGGAGAACGGCCAGGCAGCCGUCGGUGCUGAUGUGAAUUACCCGCCUCAGGUCGCCAAACCUUUGAUAUCCGAGAACGGGUUGACCGGUACCACCACCCGCAGUGGCACCGACAAGGACCAAUCCGGCGGCGAGGAAGAGACAACCAGCAGGCGCCGACGUAGGAGCCGGUGGGACCCGCAGCCUGAUUCCAACGACCAGAGCAACAGCUGUGGCGGUGGCGAUGCCGAUUCUGGCACCAAAGUGAGGAAGAGGAAGUCGCGGUGGGCUGAUGACGAUCCGAAGCCAGUGAUUCAGCUUCCUGAUUUCAUGGGAGGUAUUGAAUUCGAUCCUGAGAUUCAAGCUUUGAAUAGUAGGCUACUUGAGAUUAGUAGAAUGUUGCAAUCGGGUUUGCCUUUAGAUGAUCGCCCUGAAGGUGCUCGAUCCCCUUCACCUGAACCUAUAUAUGAUAACAUGGGAAUUAGGAUUAACACUAGGGAGUAUCGUGCUCGUGAGAGAUUGCAGAAGGAGAGGCAGGAGAUUAUAUCUCAGAUUAUUAAGAAAAACCCUGCCUUUAAGCCUCCAGCUGAUUAUAGGCCUCCAAAGCUUCAGAAGAAGCUCUUUAUACCGAUGAAAGAAUACCCUGGUUACAAUUUCAUAGGGCUGAUUAUUGGCCCUAGAGGUAACACGCAGAAGCGGAUGGAGAAAGAAACUGGUGCUAAAAUUGUGAUUCGGGGUAAAGGAUCAGUGAAAGAAGGUAGGCUGCAACAGAAGAGGGAUUUAAAACCUGAUCCUUCGGAGAAUGAGGAUUUGCAUGUUUUAGUGGAGGCAGAGACACAGGAAUCGCUUGAUGCUGCUGCGGGUAUGGUGGAGAAGCUCUUGCAACCUGUGGAUGAGGUAUUGAAUGAGCACAAGAGGCAACAGCUUAGGGAACUUGCAGCCUUAAAUGGGACGAUUAGGGACGAAGAGUAUUGUCGAUUGUGUGGUGAACCUGGUCAUCGUCAAUAUGCUUGUCCUACAAGGACUUCAACAUUUAAGAGCGAGGUUGUCUGUAAGCAUUGUGGCGAUGGUGGACAUCCAAGCAUCGAUUGCCCGGUAAAGGGUGCUACUGGGAAGAAGAUGGACGAUGAGUAUCAGAACUUCCUGGCAGAGUUGGGAGGUACUGUUCCUGAAUCUGCAACAAAGCAAACUCCUACGCUAGCGAUUGGUCCUGGCAACUCUGCAAGUAAUCCUCCUUGGGCAAACAACAGUGCUGCUUCAACUGGUGGUAGUACAGCACACCCUGGCUUAGGUUCUGCUACGAUUAAAAAGGAAAUUGAUGAUACAAAUUUGUACAUUGGGUAUUUGCCACCCACUCUUGAUGAUGAUGGUUUGAUCCAACUGUUUCAACAAUUUGGUGAGAUUGUUAUGGCCAAAGUUAUCAAGGAUCGAGUGUCAGGUUUAAGUAAAGGAUAUGGAUUUGUGAAGUAUGCUGAUAUUCAAAUGGCAAAUAAUGCAAUUUCGGCCAUGAAUGGUCAUCGCCUUGAGGGCCGAACCAUUGCUGUGAGAGUUGCUGGUAAGCCUCCUCAGCCUGUUGUACCUCCUGGUCCUCCAGCAUCUUCUGUGCCCACUUAUCCUGUUCCAAGCCAGCCACUUGGUGCCUAUCCAUCCCAGCAAUAUGCUGCUGGUGGUCCAAUUGGUAGUGCGCCCCCUCCAAGUUAUGGUGGUACCCCUGUUCCGUGGGGUCCUCCUGCUCCUCCUCCACCUCCAUAUGCUGCUUAUGCACCACCUCCUCCUGGGUCAACAAUGUAUCCUCCUAUGCAAGGCCAGCCUCUGCCUCCCUAUGGUGUUCAAUAUCCGCCUGUCCAGACAGGCCCUCCUGGUGCCACAUCCCAACCUGCAUCCAGCAGUGAAGUUCAGCAGAGUUACCCUCCUGGAGUGCAGUCUGACAAUAGUACCACUACUCAGUCUGUACCCUCUAUAUAUGGGAACUCGGUGCCUUCAAUGCCUCCACCACCUCAACCUACUUACCCUGCAUCAUAUGGUUAUCCUCCAUACUACAAUGCAGUUCCUCCACCACCUCCCCCUUCUGCGCCUGGGCCUCCCUCUACUUCAGACCAGUCCCACAUUGGGAAUGUGCCUUGGGCCAGUAAUCCUCCGGUACCACCUCCUGCUUCAUCUGCAGAGAAGACAACAUAUGGUGCAGAUCAAUCACAGGGAAUAGGCAAUGUGCCUUGGGCCACAAAUCCACCAAUUCCUCCGCCUGCUUCAUCGGCUGCAGAUUCAGAGUAUGAGAAGUUCAUGGCAGAGAUGAAAUGAUCUAGUUUUGUUGGAAUUGAUUUCCAAAGGCCUGAUGUUUCUUGGAGCUCUAACCUCUUGCCAUGUCUUUCUUCGAAGUAUGGGACUCACUUUAACCUUGCUGUGUACUCUUAUGAACUUUGCAGAGUUUUGGGCUAGAAGUUGAGAAAAGUCCUCAUACAGUAGACACAACAUCAGAGCUUAUUAUUGUCAUGAUUAUUAUUAAUCUCUUUUUGUUGUGUAGGACUUAACACCGUCUUAAUUAUUUUCUUUUGGUAUUUUAUUGAUUUAUACAUUAAUGUCUGGUUUCUAAUGUCUCAUUCUGAAAGUUUGUCCGAACUUCUAUGGCAGCUGGUUCCUGGUGUUUCAUUGAUAAAUUUGUUUUGUCAUUCUUGGUUUAUUGAGUUCAUUCAGAGCUGAUUCUGAGUUCUGACUUGUAGUUUUUAUGAUGAGACUAAAUAAUUUGUUUU